AUGGCCAAUAACGGACCGGAUUCGAACGGGUCUCAGUUUUUCAUUACCUAUAGCAAACAGACCAUGCUAGACAUGAAAUACUCCAUUUUUGCCAAGGUUAUCGAUGGCUGGAACGUGUUAGAUGAACUGGAACGUGCCCCGGUGGAGGAGAAAACCUAUCGACCGUUGACUGACAUUCACAUUCAGAAUGUGACAAUCCACGCGAAUCCGUUUGCCGAAUAA